GUUAUUUUACGCCUGCUUAAUUAGGUUACUUUCAUGUCGGCUAUUGCGUAGGCUAUAUAAAUGCCCGUCGCGGUGAAGUACACAUGCACAUCGCAACUCGGUCCUGUACUGUACUUCACAACCAACUUCAGCAGAGUAAACUAUUGAGAUUUUGAAAGGAAACCACGGACGCCGAAAAGUUGUUAAACCUUUACAGGAACUUUUCACUGGUGAAGCCAACGCUGGAAUGGACGAUUUGGACGCUUUGUUGGCGGACCUGGAAUCCACGACAUCCCACAUUUCCAAGCGUCCUGUGUUCCUGUCUGAGGAAACCCCCUACUCUUUCCCCACUGGGGGAAACUCCUACCAGGAUGUGUCAGUCCCUCCCCCGGUGCCGCCCCCUCCCUCCGCUGAGGCUCUGAAUGGCUCUGUGAUUGACUCCCUCCACUCCUCCCAACAGUCCUUGGGUUCAGCUCCAAAGAGCUCAUGGUCCAGGGACAGUAGCAGCCCGCCCCGGUCCCAGAUUGAAGAGGACCACGUGUACAGUUUCCCCAACAAACAGAAGUCUGCUGACCCAUCUGCGGGAGCCAUGAGCUCCGCGCUAGGCAGUAACCUGUCAGAGCUAGACCGGCUGCUCCUGGAGCUCAAUGCUGUCCAGCAGAACUCUCCCUCUUUCCCCACCACAGAGGAAACCGCCCCACCCCUGCCAUCCUGCAGCAUUACCAACUAUGUGCAGCAGAACGGGGGGCCCCCUGACAUCAUGGUGAGCCCUCCCGUUCAGGAGAAGCCCAAACAGAAUGGGACCAGGGUGGUGGAGGAUGGCCGGCCCACAGUGGAGAGUCUGCUGGAUGAGCUGGAGGGUUCUGUACCCAAUCCCAGCCCCUCUGUUCUUCACAGUGAGCUGGACUCUCCCUCUCAGCAGCAGGCCAGAAUCUCAGCAUCCUGUGCUACACGCGAGCUUGACGAGCUCAUGGCCUCCCUGUCCGACUUCAAGCUGGAUCAAGCAGAAAUCUCCCCCAGCAGCACUCUGGAGGUCCAUCCUCAGCCAUGUACCCCCUCCUCCCCUGUUGCAGCUGCCCCCUCCCCCCUCCUUUCCUCUCAACCUGCCUGUGACUCCCCUCUCUUAUCACUGCCUGACUGGGAGCUGCACAUAGAGGAGGAAGGUGGUGUGGCAUUGUCCUCUCCACAUCCCUCAUUAUCAAGCCCUCCCCCAGCAACUGUAACCUUCCAGAGCCCUCUGUUCUUUGCAGAGAGUGAACCAGAAGCCUUCAUCGACGUCUCUGCCACCAUGCUGUCCUCUCAUCAGAAGUCCUUGGUAGUCCUCAACCACUCCAAACCUUCACCUAGCACAGACACCAGUCCUCCCAAUGCUGCUAGACCAUCACUCACCUCAGCCAGCACCACGUUGGACCAGAACCCCUUAAAAUCCCCUAGUCCGUCUCUAGAACGUGGCAUAACUCCUCCCUCUGUUACCAAAAGCCCCAGUCCCCUAACUGACAUGGAUCUAAGUUUAUCGACUCCAACUACUACUAAGAGCCUUAGUCCUGUUCCUUUCUCUUACUCCAAGUCCCCUACUCCUCUCACUGCUUCGAAAGCCCCCUCACCAUCUCUGGUCACAUAUCCCAAGGCUCCCCCUCCCCCAGCUCUCACUAGCCCCAUGAUCUCAAGGAGAGUUCUGCAGCCAGUCCCUGCAGCCGAGCCCUCUCUGGAUGAAGCCCUGGAUAAGCUGCUGGCCAUACGUUUGGCCAAGAUUGAGAACGAUAAAGUCCCUAUGGAGGCACCUCGGCUGAAGCGGGAGGUGGUGCAUGAGAAGUGCAUCGUGCCCUUAGACAGAAGGGAGGUGCAGCCGGACACCGCCGAAAGUACCCGGGACGGGGCAAGAACCGGGGACGAGGCAAGUACCCAUGAAGGGACAUUUACCCGGGAUGGGUCAGUAAUAAGUGGACAUGUUGAUGGGUAUAGGGAGCUCAUGGACUGGGCUGAUGAGGAGCUGAACAUGUGUCUCCAAGAUGGACUGGAUGGUGGUAUGACUCCUAAUACAGAGAGACCUUAUACAGAUGGGAGCAUGACCCCGACGACUGAGGCCAGCUGGAUGGAUGAGUCCCUGGAUGGCUCCUCCUGCCCUGGGACUCCUGAUGCUUCCCUGGACCUGCCUCUGCUGCAGCAGGCCACUGUGGACAGGGUCUCAGCAUCUGGACAUCUUAAAUCAGUGAUUAGGCGCACCAAGGAGACCUCCAACGUACACCCCAUGUACCGAGAGGGUCACCCCCGGAGGGGGCGGGUGGGCCCCAUAAUUGUCAACAAGAGCAGCUCCCAGGACCGCCUCAUAGAGGAGCUGCAGGGGAAGCUGGGGAUUGGUCGAUUGGCUGACCGCCGGUGUAAGCAGCCGGACGAUUGGCUCACUGAGGGUAUCAUCGUCAUGUCCAAGCCACAGCGCUUCCGUGGCGACGGGGCAGCGAACAAGGUGGACAAGAUCAUUAUUCCCCCAGAGUCCCCUCUACCUCAGAGGGUCAUUUACCCACCCCAGUCUCCCCCAGCGCCUCGUCACACUCCUAUUAUAGAAAAACCCAGUAGACCCCCACCUAUGCAGCGGACCCCUGCUCCUCUACCUCCUACGCCUCCCCCCUGCCCCCCUCCUCCACCCCAGGAACCCAUCCCUCCCCCACCUAUGAAGCAGACCCCUGCCCCUCCUACGCCUUCCCCCUGCCCCCCUCCUCCACCCCAGGAACCCAUCCCUCCCCCACCUAUGAAGCAGACCCCUGCUCCUCUACCUCCCCCACUUCUGCUUGUACAACCUCCAUCCCCACCUGUCCCAGUAUGGCAGGCCCCUGCCCCCAAGCCAGCACCCUCUCCACCAGUGCAGCCUGCACCACCACCACCUCCCCCCAAAGUCCUGGUGUCCGUUGGCUGUCAAACCGAAUACGACCCAAUCUUACCUCCAAUGCAGAUGGCCCAGGGGAAAGGUGGCCCUGGAGGCCCCCCAACGCAGGUCAACAAGCUGGACAACAUGCUCGGCAGCCUGCAGUCUGACCUCCAUAAACUGGGUGUGCAGACCGUUGCCAAGGGAGUGUGUGGGGCCUGCUGUAAACCAAUCGUGGGACAGGUGGUGACUGCCAUGGGGCGCACGUGGCACCCGGAGCACUUUGUGUGUACCCACUGUCAGGAGGAGAUAGGUUCCAGAAACUUCUUUGAGCGUGACGGAGCACCCUACUGCGAGAAGGACUACCACAACCUGUUCUCCCCACGCUGCCACUACUGCAACGGACCUAUUCUGGAUAAAGUUGUGACUGCGUUGGACAGGACAUGGCAUCCUGAGCACUUCUUCUGUGCUCAGUGUGGAUCAUUCUUUGGCCCAGAGGGCUUCCAUGAGAAGGAUGGGAAGGCGUACUGUAGGAAGGACUACUUUGACAUGUUUGCGCCUAAAUGUGGCGGCUGUGCCCGAGCCAUCCUGGAGAACUACAUCUCUGCACUGAACUCCCUUUGGCAUCCAGAGUGCUUUGUCUGCAGGGAGUGCUUCACCCCAUUUGUGAACGGGAGUUUCUUUGAGCAUGAUGGGCAGCCCUACUGUGAGGUUCACUACCACGAGCGCCGCGGGUCCCUCUGCUCUGGCUGCCAGAAGCCCAUCACGGGCCGCUGCAUCACAGCCAUGGCCAAGAAGUUCCACCCUGAGCACUUUGUCUGUGCCUUCUGCCUCAAGCAGCUCAACAAGGGCACCUUCAAGGAGCAGAAUGACAAGCCCUACUGCCAGGGCUGCUUUGUGAAACUCUUCAGUUAAGGAGUAGAUUGUCUAUGCCUGGAGAUUUGUGUGUGUGUGUGUGUAUGGGGGAAGAAUCUGUGUAGCUCAGGUAGUGUGUGUGUAUGGGGGAAGUGUCUGUGUAGCUCAGGUAGUGUGUGUGCGAAUCAGAUUGAGUUUGUUUGAGUGCAUUUUCUGUACACUGAUGGUGUGUGUGUGUGUGUGGAGUUCCAGCAUUCUUCUAUCAGCCCCUGAAGUGUUAUGGACAUCCAUAUCAGGUCUAGGCCUGUCUGCUCUCUCUGAUGCUCAGACUAUCGUAUGAUUUCAAGCCCAAAUAGUUUUGCUUUUGCAAGGAAUAUACGUACAUGGACUAGUGUUUGAGGUUGCUGCUCACUGGUUGAGUGUGUCUUCUGAAACCAUUUGAAAGGUGGCAUGUUAGAGGGAGCAGUUGACCUGUUGUGUUUUUUAUCAUUUGUAUUUGUUUUUUCAACUGCUCAAGCAAAGGCCUUGGUGAUAUUUCUUUAACUUUUCCUGUCUGAGUAACUGAGAACAGAUGGUUAAAAUUGCCAUUGUAGCAUUGACUGGAAAUAGGCUGUGGGUCAGUCAUUAUUUUAGUACUUGUGACGCAGACAGUUGUGUCAUCAGACCCCUUCAGCCUUGUGACGCACAAUCAUUAAAACCCCCAAACAAGCAUUUGUUGCCUUUGACAAACAUACUAAUGCUGACAUGUUACACUUUGAUUUGAUGUAUUUGAACGUUUCUAUAAAAUGUGAGAUUAAUUUACAACCAAUAAUAUUUGACUCCCUUUUAAUGUUUGGAAAAAUAGGAAUCUCAUAAUACAACAGAUGGGUAAUAUUGUAACUUUGUCACCACCAAUGCCUACCCAGUCCUUUUUAGAGCUUAAACCUUAGCUGGACUGGUUUAGGAGUUGUCUUCUGUUCAGAAAGGGCUCAUGCAGUAUAAAAGAGCAUGCCAUGAUCAACAUUAGAAUGUAUUCUGCAUAUAGGAGACAGUUACAUUUUACUGUGAGAAUAUUGUGUACACUGUAUACAAAGUGCUGGUCAGUUAAUAUAACCAAUAACCACUCAUUAAGAGAAAUCCCCUAAGACAUUUCAUAGCAGAGAUACUUUUAAACGUUUAUCCUUAAAGUUACUGUGCAUUUUAUUCCACUUUUUAAUUAUAUAAAUAGUGCACAAGGUGAAGCCCUUAUGUAAGUACACACAGUUUAAAUGCAAACAAUACUGUAUGCAACUGUAAACAUUGUAUGGUGAACUCAACAACCCCUUGAUUCUAUCCAAGUUACACUUUCAAGGAAUAUGCCUAUUUUUGUGCCAAUAUAUCAAUGCAAUGUAUUUUACACUGGGGAGACCAGCAAGGUAGCCUACUGUUUAUAGACUGUGAUUCCUGGACUCUCUCUUCAGAGCUCUGUCAGUGAGUCUACUGGAUAAUAUGUUGAUAUUGGUCUGCGUGUAACUCUCUAAAGCUAUGGAGGAAAUGGCUUAUUUAGAGAAGCAUCUGAGUUGCAUCUACUGUACACCAGCUGGGUUUGUGGGCUUGUAGUUUUAUCAUGUAAUGGUUGCAUUACAUCAUUUUAUUGGACCUGUAUCUUGUUCAGGGAUUUACACCCAGAGCAUUUCUGUUUUUAUUUAGAAAAUCAUUUAGCCAUUUGUCUACACAUAAUUAUUGUAGAAGGCUAUUAUUUAAUCAAAGCAAAUGUUUUUUUCUCCUUUCAUUUUUGAAUGUCACAGUACUGAAUACUGAUCCAACUCAUUUCAUAUAGGCUAUACUGAAAUAAAAUCUGUUUUUGGUACCAAA